GAGGGGGGCGCGGUGCAACUGCAAUGGCUGGCAAAUGCACACCUGUGCACCUGGCCCCAGUGGCAGGCUGUGGUCAGUUCAGGCCGCUGGUUCACACCACCGGCAGGCAUGGGGUGUGAGGGGAAGGGGAAGGGGGAAAUCGGAAAUGGGAGAGCAGCUGGAUUAGAAUGGCACCUGGAUUUGAAACGGCGACUUCAGACAACGACGGACCCACAGCAGCAAUCUUCAUGUGGACAUUGCUGCUGCUGCCUGUCCGCGCCACUACUCUGCUACGGCUGCCCAACGUUUCCAACCACCCACUCACCGUCUGAUGGCGGCCCGACUUGGCCCUGAAGAUGGUGGUGGCGGUGGGGCGGGUGGUGAUGGUGCGUCCAACAGCGGCCUGUGUGGCAUGUGUGGCAUAUUGCAGUGCAUGGAAGGGGCCCACUAGCCGCCUGAUAACCUCACGAGUAGCUUCUAUAUAUUGAUCAACGUAUGUGUCAUCCUGAGGGUGAUGGGUGGUGGUGGCCGGUUUACGGAAAACAGCACAACGCCCACCGCAACCGGACAUAAGGACACCGCCCGCCACUACCAGCGAAGCGUCCGCGGAGCAGGCGUCAUCGGCCCCCACGGGGAGAUGGGUGCCGAGUACGGCCUACGUACGCCACGUCAGUCCGGCAGCCGCGGCGGCCCUCGGGAGGAGGAAGGGGUGGCGGUGGCGGCGGCGGCGGGGAAAGUCGGGCGUCGGUCGGCUCAAGGCGUCAUCGGCCCCCACGGGGAGAUGGGUGCCGAGUACGGCCUACGUACGCCACGUCAGGCGGGCAGCCGCGGCGCCCCUCGGGAGAAGGAAGGGGUGGCGGUGGCGGCGGCGGCGGGGAAAGUCGGGCGUCGGUCGGCUCAAGCGAGGGUCCCCGGAGCAGGCGUCAUCGGCCCCCACGGGGAGAUGGGUGCCGAGUACGGCCUACGUACGCCACGUCAGGCGGGCAGCCGCGGCGCCCCUCGGGAGAAGGAAGGGGUGGCGGUGGCGGCGGCGGCGGGGAAAGUCGGGCGUCGGUCGGCUCAAGGUGAGCUGGGGGUGUGGCGGGGCCCCCCGUGUGGCGGUCGUGAUGGCGGCUAG